GUAUAUCAAACAUGUCAAAUGCUCAAUCUAUUGAUUUAUUGAGAGAAUUAAAUGCUAAACUCUUAAUUGAGAUUGUGGAACUUAAGAAGGAGAAUGCUGAAAUCCCUGAUCUUAGAAGGAAGUUUGCUGAGAUCGAGGCUGAAAAAGCUGAGCUUAAUAGUAGGAUUGCUGAGCUUCUAAGGCAGGCUGUGAAAGAGAAUUCUUUAGUCGAGAAUAUUAGACAUGAUGUUGAGAUUGCUGAGAUUAAGGUUGAAAUAGUGAAGCUAAAGGAUAAUAAUGAAGAAAACAAAGAGCUAAGUCAGGAUAUUUCUUCCAAGAGGGUUGACAAUAUACAUAAUUCCAUUUCAGACCAAUGUGAUAAUGUUACUUCUUGUGUGAGUGAUCAGAAGUUAUCAGAAGACAGGGAAAUAGAUGCUUUCCUAAACGAGGCACAUAAGCAAAGUGUUAGUGAUGGAAUAAGACAAUGCAAUAAGGAGAAGAAACUUAGCAAAGCAUCCUUUAACCAAGAUCAAGAAUCUGAUACCGGGUUGACUAUAAAUAACUACAUAUCCUUCGGUACUUCUACUUUUGAAAUUUCAGUUAGGAGCUCUCGUCAAAAUAGUCAUAGAAAGAAAGGUGCAAAAAACAUCAGUUUCUGCCAAAAUUUAUCUAUAGAUUCAUUGCUUUCUCUAGCACAAUUAUUUGAUAAAGUAGAUAAUGUUGAAUAUGAGACAGGAUUGCAUCUCCCAGAAAUCUUCCGUAAAAACUUACAAAGGAAAACUCAGAAAGCUGUAAAGAUAUAUAAAUUAUUUGAAAAGGUAGGUGUAGAUAAUAUUAAUGAUAACACUGAUGUGGAAGAAGUAUCAAGUCUUAUGACUGAGAUUUCAGCCAGGGGUUCUGGUCAAAAUUCAGCUGAAGUAAGUGAAUUAAUUGCACCUAUUCCUCUUAUAUAUGACUCUAAUUCUUUAGGUAAUUUAUCAUUCAUGCCUCAAAUUGCUCUAGCUGAGACGUAUUUUAAUGAUCCUAUACCUUCGUUAAUGAAGAAAGGAACUAAUAAAGUUCAGACAGACUAUGAUAAUAAUU